GUAUUAUAUUAUAUCUUGGUUUAUAUUUAUAAAUAUUUAAUGAAUUAAAUUUCAUUACCUAAAUAGUGAAGAAGGUUUGCCUAUCUUUAAUAUGGACACAAAUUUUACAUAAACAAGUGUCGGUGCAUUUCUAUUUCUUUGGAGAUUUCUAUGGUGUUUACCGCAUUUAUGUGAAAACAACAUAAUGGAAUCAACAAUUUCUGUUUCUAAGGGAGUAUUUUUAUUUAAAAAUGGCUUUAAAAAAUCUAAAAACUUGAAGAAGACUUCUCAUCAUAAGAAUCUUUUUGAGAAAACAUGUAGUAAGCAGCCUUGGUAUGUAGCUUUUAGAAAGAAUUGGCAAAUUAUUGAAGAAGAAAUAAUGGAACUCCAUUCUAGGACAUACAGCACAUUGUUGAAUGACAUAGUAAAUUACAUCAAAUCAUUUCAUAAUCAUAAUGACUAUGUUGGUUUGGAUACAAUUAUACCUAGUGCAACACUUUUGACUGGCAUCAAUCAGCCUGACCAUGUUUCUCAGUUUGCAGCACUAAUUGAAAAGAUUAGGGAGGAAGUCACUCCACAUAUAGCAAUGAUAAGUUCUCAAGAUGCACCUACAGUCAAACAUUUGGUGGAAAACACUGUUUGGCAGCUCAUACAUGGAAAUGAGAAAUUGGAACAGUUUAAUGAUGAAGAAGAUGAAAUCUUCAAGGGGACUAAAAAGUUAAGGAAAAACCAAUGUACUAUGAAAACAUUGAAACAAUGGUACUCCACACAGUAUUUAGAACAAUCACCAAAGAAAAAGAUGCAUACAAAAUCUAAUGGGUCUCUGGUUGUAAUAAUACCUGAUUUUGAAAGUUUCAAUUGUAACGUGCUGCAAGAUUUUGUUAUGAUUGCAAGUUCCUAUGUAUCGUCAUUGCCAAUAGUUUUCGUGUUUGGAGUAGCAACAUCUGUGUCGGCACUGCAUAAAUCAUUUCCAUAUCAUGUGUCAUCUAAGCUGCUGAUAAAGGUGUUCCAUUCACAUGCAUCACCAGUGUACAUGAAUCAAGUCCUGGAAGACAUAUUUUUAACCCAUACAAACCCAUUUCACUUAUCAGCAAAAGCCUUUGAGUUGCUGACAGAUGUGUUUUUAUUUUACGACUUUUCUGUAACUGGCCUUAUUCAAAGUAUUAAGUACUGUAUGAUGGACCAUUAUUAUGGAGACAACAUAAAGUCACUGUGUUGUGAGCGCGGGAAAACAGAAGAGAUUGUCUCGAGGCUUACUGCGGUAGAUCUAGAAAAUGUUCGACAGUUGUUGUCGUUUAGACCAUUUCUGGAGUCACAAGAAGACUGCCAGGCGAGAAUCAGUAUGUUUGAAGAUGAUAAUUUCUUCAAAGAAGUGCUUUGUAGUGAAAUAAACAUGCUACAAGACUAUCUCUACACAUUUUACUUGUGUUUAAGAUUACUGCUCACUUUCGUGAAGGAUUUACCUAAGAAUUUACUUGGAAAAUCGGUACGCGAAAUCUACUCCAAAUGUGCCCAAGAGAAUGUUACCACUACAUUAGCAUUCAAUGAAUGUAUGCAGCUUAUAAAUUUCCAAUCGCAAGUGAAACUUGUCGAUAGCAUCAAAGUCGCCCUGAAGGUUAUUAAUUCUGCUUUACAAGGGGUAUCGUCUGUGAAACCAUUGAGGUCAUCACCAAUCAAAAACAAUUUGAGUAGCAUAGUUUUGAAUGAUGACACUGGAGAGAACUUUGUGAAGGCAGUAAGAGUACAUUUGAUGAUGUUUAUGAGACAAAUUGAAAGUGCUAAUACGGAGUGCACUAUUUUAUCGGAAGUGGUCAAGGAGGAUACGAAUGAAGUGGAAAAUGUGCCGGUGAACAGAUACAAGUUGAAGGAGAAAUUAUUAAAAGCAACAAGAGUAGACAAAGUGCAGUCAGAGUUUGAGAUGGUUCGGUCUCGUUUUGUGAGCUACUUAGAGGAGAUGUUUAGCAAAGGUCUGCAGCCGCCGCAUUCACAGCCGUUUCAUGAAAUAUAUUUCUUUGGUGACGUGGCGAGUGUCCGGAAACAAAUCGUAGGGUCCCCGCGAGGCGCUAUACACACAGCGCUUAGCAAUCCAGUACAUUACUUGCAGUGUUCGUGCUGCCAUCUACCAUCAUUGGAGAGCGUCUCCGACAGUCUCCCGGACGUGUGCGUAGCUUACAAACUGCACCGGGAGUGCGGCAAACACAUCAACCUAUUUGAUUGGAUGCAGGCCUUUGCAGCUGUGUUGUUGCCUGACCAAGACAACGACCAAAGACAACAGGACUCCGCCCUGCAUAUUCGAUUCACACGCGCCGUUGCGGAGUUGCAGUUCCUGGGUUUCAUCAAAUCCUCUAAAAGAAAGACUGAUCAUGUGAUGCGAUUAACUUGGUAACACAUUAAAUUAAUUUAUUUUUGUUUGUAAGCACAAUUGGAACCAAAUAAAUGUUUUU